GUAGAAAAAUUGGUAAACUUUUAAUUACGAAUAAUUUUUUUUUUAAUUUUUAAUUAAAACUUUAAUUAAAACUUUUAAUUAAGUAGUAAAAAUUUUAAAGUCUGCAUGGUUAUGCAGUUCAGUGUAAUUAAAUACAGACAAUACAAAGGAGAAUAAAACCUCUCUACUUAUACCAUAGCACUUGUGAGAUCUAUUAUCUAAGCAGUGACAUACUGUGCAAAAGACAUCAGACUACCAAUAUUUAGCUACAAAAAUUUAAUAGAUAUUGAAGAAAGUAUCUCUACAAUAAUAAUAUGGGUAAAAGAUCAAAACCUACUUUAGCAAUUAAGCUUGAGACUGCCAAAGCAAGUUCAUUGAAAUUAAAACACUACAUAAUAUUAAAAAAUAUAUACAACCAAAAAAAAGGUAUGGAGGAUGAAUAAUUUCUUCCUGGAACUCUCUUUAGUAAGAACAGACAAAACUUAUGUUUCCUCCUUUAAAUUACAGAAAUGACAACCGCAACACCAGUGACAACUGUAUGUGUAAAAAAUAUCUGUGUGUGGUCAGAAUGGUAUGAUUCCACUCAGCCUGAAAACAAAGAGGACAGUGGAGAUUAUGAAACAUUUCAAAAUCUCAAGGAUAAAGGAUACAGUGUAUGUACAAACCCAAGCGAAGUUCAAUGCAGAGCCAAAGAACACCCCGAUACUGCAAUUACCAACCUUAACCAAACAGUAGAGUGUAGUCAAAGCACAGGAUUAAUAUGCAAUAACCGGGACCAAAAAUCUACACAGUGCUAUAAUUAUGAAAUCAGAAUAUCAUGCUGCAGAUACAUGCCAUGUUCAGAAGUACAAACUACAACACCACCAACGACAAGAGAAUUCACAACUACUGCCGUAGAAUCAACACCAUUUACAGUACAGACAACGAUGAUACCAACAACACAGAAACAAGAAAGUGAACUAACUACAACACCACUGAGAGACAGGGACAGAGAAAGCACAACUCCUCUGAGCGAAACGUCAGUAACAGCAACGACAUCACAAGUUUCAACAACAGGUUACCAAAUCACAACUACUACAGGAGAAACCUCCACUGCAGUAACCCAAGUGUCAUCAUCACCCAAUACCAUUUCCACUCUCCCAGAAUCAACCGUAGAAACCACUGCUGCCACCACAAUAACCUCCAGUACUACUGCCCUGCCAACACAAGGCACAACUAUCACUACACCGCGACCAAAAGUGCCUACCCAAGCUACCACCGUUGUCAGGACCUCCAUAGGAAGCACCACUACAAUAACAGAAGAAACUCUUCCAACUGUAUUGUCCACUGUUGCUGUUCAAACAACAUCACCAAUUACUGCCUCCACCCCUGAAAUCAAAAUAAGAACCACUGUUGGAACAACAGCUGUUCCCAGCACCCCAGCCAGAGAGGGCACAACCUUCAUCGCCACCACCACCAGCACCUCUCCCCCUCAGACUGAAGGCACAACCACCAUCACUCCACCCUCAACAACAGUGCCCACGCCAGAGACAAGCACUGCCAGCACCUCCAGGACCACUGCAGGAAGCACCACAAGAGCCUCAACCACCACAGCUCCAGGAGAAACCUCCACUGUGCCAACCCAGGCUCCAACAUCUCCCACAACAACGCCUGAAAGCAAAAUAAGAACCACUGUUGGAACAACAGCUGUUCCCAGCACCCCAGCCAGAGAGGGCACAACCUUCAUCGCCACCACCACCAGCACCUCUCCUCCUCAGACUGAAGGCACAACCACCGUCAUCCCAACAACAACAACAGUGACCACGCCAGCCACCACCACUAUCCGUACCUCCAAUACAACAGACAACUGUGUGGUAGAGCGCUGUGCCUGGACACAGUGGUUUAACGUGGAUUCCCCUACGCCAGGCAGUGAAAAUGGAGAUGUAGAGACUUUUGAAAACAUCCGAGCUGCUGGGUAUGAGUUGUGUGACAAGCCACGAGAUAUCAAGUGCCGAGCUAAAGAUUACGCUGACAGUAUUGUGAAAAUAAUGGGACAGAAAUUUGAGUGCAGCCUUGAGAGGGGGUUAGUGUGCAGAAAUAAGGAUCAGACAAUGAAGUACCCCACGUGUUUUGACUACGAGGUCUCAGUGCUGUGCUGUGACCGAAAACACUGUCAGACAACAGUAGCAACCACAGGAACCACUGUAAGCACUGCCACGACAUACUCCUCAGAAACGACCACAGUAGCAACCAAAACUGCAGCAACAACUGCAGUGCCUACGGCUCCACAGCGAGAAAAAACAACUGCAGGAACAACUGCCUACACAACAGAAGGAAUCACGUCAAGAUACACAGUGCCCACACCAGAGACAAGCACUGCCAGCACCUCCAGGACCACUGCAGGAAGCACCACAAGAGCCUCAGCCACCACAGCUCCAGGAGAAACCUCCACUGUGCCAACCCAGGCUCCAACAUCUCCCACAACAACGCCUGAAAUCAAAAUAAGAACCACUGUUGGAACAACAGCUGUUCCCAGCACCCCAGCCAGAGAGGGCACAACCUUCAUCGCCACCACCACCAGCACCUCUCCCCCUCAGACUGAAGGCACAACCACCAUCACUCCACCCUCAACAACAGUGCCCACGCCAGAGACAAGCACUGCCAGCACCUCCAGGACCACUGCAGGAAGCACCACAAGAGCCUCAGCCACCACAGCUCCAGGAGAAACCUCCACUGUGCCAACCCAGGCUCCAACAUCUCCCACAACAACGCCUGAAAUCAAAAUAAGAACCACUGUUGGAACAACAGCUGUUCCCAGCACCCCAGCCAGAGAGGGCACAACCUUCAUCGCCACCACCACCAGCACCUCUCCCCCUCAGACUGAAGGCACAACCACCAUCACUCCACCCUCAACAACAGUGCCCACGCCAGAGACAAGCACUGCCAGCACCUCCAGGACCACUGCAGGAAGCACCACAAGAGCCUCAACCACCACAGCUCCAGGAGAAACCUCCACUGUGCCAACCCAGGCUCCAACAUCUCCCACAACAACGCCUGAAAUCAAAAUAAGAACCACUGUUGGAACAACAGCUGUUCCCAGCACCCCAGCCAGAGAGGGCACAACCUUCAUCGCCACCACCACCAGCACCUCUCCCCCUCAGACUGAAGGCACAACCACCAUCACUCCACCCUCAACAACAGUGCCCACGCCAGAGACAAGCACUGCCAGCACCUCCAGGACCACUGCAGGAAGCACCACAAGAGCCUCAACCACCACAGCUCCAGGAGAAACCUCCACUGUGCCAACCCAGGCUCCAACAUCUCCCACAACAACGCCUGAAAUCAAAAUAAGAACCACUGUUGGAACAACAGCUGUUCCCAGCACCCCAGCCAGAGAGGGCACAACCUUCAUCGCCACCACCACCAGCACCUCUCCCCCUCAGACUGAAGGCACAACCACCAUCACUCCACCCUCAACAACAGUGCCCACGCCAGAGACAAGCACUGCCAGCACCUCCAGGACCACUGCAGGAAGCACCACAAGAGCUUCAGCCACCACAGCUCCAGGAGAAACCUCCACUGUGCCAACCCAGGCUCCAACAUCUCCCACAACAACGCCUGAAAUCAAAAUAAGAACCACUGUUGGAACAACAGCUGUUCCCAGCACCCCAGCCAGAGAGGGCACAACCUUCAUCGCCACCACCACCAGCACCUCUCCCCCUCAGACUGAAGGCACAACCACCAUCACUCCACCCUCAACAACAGUGCCCACGCCAGAGACAAGCACUGCCAGCACCUCCAGGACCACUGCAGGAAGCACCACAAGAGCCUCAGCCACCACAGCUCCAGGAGAAACCUCCACUGUGCCAACCCAGGCUCCAACAUCUCCCACAACACCCUCGGAAAUCAAAAUAAGAACCACUGUUGGAACAACAGCUGUUCCCAGCACCCCAGCCAGAGAGGGCACAACCUUCAUCGCCACCACCACCAGCACCUCUCCCCCUCAGACUGAAGGCACAACCACCAUCACUCCACCCUCAACAACAGUGCCCACGCCAGAGACAAGCACUGCCAGCACCUCCAGGACCACUGCAGGAAGCACCACAAGAGCCUCAGCCACCACAGCUCCAGGAGAAACCUCCACUGUGCCAACCCAGGCUCCAACAUCUCCCACAACAACGCCUGAAAUCAAAAUAAGAACCACUGUUGGAACAACAGCUGUUCCCAGCACCCCAGCCAGAGAGGGCACAACCUUCAUCGCCACCACCACCAGCACCUCUCCCCCUCAGACUGAAGGCACAACCACCAUCACUCCACCCUCAACAACAGUGCCCACGCCAGAGACAAGCACUGCCAGCACCUCCAGGACCACUGCAGGAAGCACCACAAGAGCCUCAGCCACCACAGCUCCAGGAGAAACCUCCACUGUGCCAACCCAGGCUCCAACAUCUCCCACAACAACGCCUGAAAUCAAAAUAAGAACCACUGUUGGAACAACAGCUGUUCCCAGCACCCCAGCCAGAGAGGGCACAACCUUCAUCGCCACCACCACCAGCACCUCUCCCCCUCAGACUGAAGGCACAACCACCAUCACUCCACCCUCAACAACAGUGCCCACGCCAGAGACAAGCACUGCCAGCACCUCCAGGACCACUGCAGGAAGCACCACAAGAGCUUCAGCCACCACAGCUCCAGGAGAAACCUCCACUGUGCCAACCCAGGCUCCAACAUCUCCCACAACAACGCCUGAAAUCAAAAUAAGAACCACUGUUGGAACAACAGCUGUUCCCAGCACCCCAGCCAGAGAGGGCACAACCUUCAUCGCCACCACCACCAGCACCUCUCCCCCUCAGACUGAAGGCACAACCACCAUCACUCCACCCUCAACAACAGUGCCCACGCCAGAGACAAGCACUGCCAGCACCUCCAGGACCACUGCAGGAAGCACCACAAGAGCCUCAGCCACCACAGCUCCAGGAGAAACCUCCACUGUGCCAACCCAGGCUCCAACAUCUCCCACAACAACGCCUGAAAUCAAAAUAAGAACCACUGUUGGAACAACAGCUGUUCCCAGCACCCCAGCCAGAGAGGGCACAACCUUCAUCGCCACCACCACCAGCACCUCUCCCCCUCAGACUGAAGGCACAACCACCAUCACUCCACCCUCAACAACAGUGCCCACGCCAGAGACAAGCACUGCCAGCACCUCCAGGACCACUGCAGGAAGCACCACAAGAGCCUCAACCACCACAGCUCCAGGAGAAACCUCCACUGUGCCAACCCAGGCUCCAACAUCUCCCACAACAACGCCUGAAAUCAAAAUAAGAACCACUGUUGGAACAACAGCUGUUCCCAGCACCCCAGCCAGAGAGGGCACAACCUUCAUCGCCACCACCACCAGCACCUCUCCCCCUCAGACUGAAGGCACAACCACCAUCACUCCACCCUCAACAACAGUGCCCACGCCAGAGACAAGCACUGCCAGCACCUCCAGGACCACUGCAGGAAGCACCACAAGAGCUUCAGCCACCACAGCUCCAGGAGAAACCUCCACUGUGCCAACCCAGGCUCCAACAUCUCCCACAACAACGCCUGAAAUCAAAAUAAGAACCACUGUUGGAACAACAGCUGUUCCCAGCACCCCAGCCAGAGAGGGCACAACCUUCAUCGCCACCACCACCAGCACCUCUCCCCCUCAGACUGAAGGCACAACCACCAUCACUCCACCCUCAACAACAGUGCCCACGCCAGAGACAAGCACUGCCAGCACCUCCAGGACCACUGCAGGAAGCACCACAAGAGCCUCAGCCACCACAGCUCCAGGAGAAACCUCCACUGUGCCAACCCAGGCUCCAACAUCUCCCACAACAACGCCUGAAAUCAAAAUAAGAACCACUGUUGGAACAACAGCUGUUCCCAGCACCCCAGCCAGAGAGGGCACAACCUUCAUCGCCACCACCACCAGCACCUCUCCCCCUCAGACUGAAGGCACAACCACCAUCACUCCACCCUCAACAACAGUGCCCACGCCAGAGACAAGCACUGCCAGCACCUCCAGGACCACUGCAGGAAGCACCACAAGAGCCUCAGCCACCACAGCUCCAGGAGAAACCUCCACUGUGCCAACCCAGGCUCCAACAUCUCCCACAACAACGCCUGAAAUCAAAAUAAGAACCACUGUUGGAACAACAGCUGUUCCCAGCACCCCAGCCAGAGAGGGCACAACCUUCAUCGCCACCACCACCAGCACCUCUCCCCCUCAGACUGAAGGCACAACCACCAUCACUCCACCCUCAACAACAGUGCCCACGCCAGAGACAAGCACUGCCAGCACCUCCAGGACCACUGCAGGAAGCACCACAAGAGCCUCAGCCACCACAGCUCCAGGAGAAACCUCCACUGUGCCAACCCAGGCUCCAACAUCUCCCACAACAACGCCUGAAAUCAAAAUAAGAACCACUGUUGGAACAACAGCUGUUCCCAGCACCCCAGCCAGAGAGGGCACAACCUUCAUCGCCACCACCACCAGCACCUCUCCCCCUCAGACUGAAGGCACAACCACCAUCACUCCACCCUCAACAACAGUGCCCACGCCAGAGACAAGCACUGCCAGCACCUCCAGGACCACUGCAGGAAGCACCACAAGAGCCUCAGCCACCACAGCUCCAGGAGAAACCUCCACUGUGCCAACCCAGGCUCCAACAUCUCCCACAACAACGCCUGAAAUCAAAAUAAGAACCACUGUUGGAACAACAGCUGUUCCCAGCACCCCAGCCAGAGAGGGCACAACCUUCAUCGCCACCACCACCAGCACCUCUCCCCCUCAGACUGAAGGCACAACCACCAUCACUCCACCCUCAACAACAGUGCCCACGCCAGAGACAAGCACUGCCAGCACCUCCAGGACCACUGCAGGAAGCACCACAAGAGCCUCAGCCACCACAGCUCCAGGAGAAACCUCCACUGUGCCAACCCAGGCUCCAACAUCUCCCACAACACCCUCGGAAAUCAAAAUAAGAACCACUGUUGGAACAACAGCUGUUCCCAGCACCCCAGCCAGAGAGGGCACAACCUUCAUCGCCACCACCACCAGCACCUCUCCCCCUCAGACUGAAGGCACAACCACCAUCACUCCACCCUCAACAACAGUGCCCACGCCAGAGACAAGCACUGCCAGCACCUCCAGGACCACUGCAGGAAGCACCACAAGAGCCUCAGCCACCACAGCUCCAGGAGAAACCUCCACUGUGCCAACCCAGGCUCCAACAUCUCCCACAACAACGCCUGAAAUCAAAAUAAGAACCACUGUUGGAACAACAGCUGUUCCCAGCACCCCAGCCAGAGAGGGCACAACCUUCAUCGCCACCACCACCAGCACCUCUCCCCCUCAGACUGAAGGCACAACCACCAUCACUCCACCCUCAACAACAGUGCCCACGCCAGAGACAAGCACUGCCAGCACCUCCAGGACCACUGCAGGAAGCACCACAAGAGCCUCAGCCACCACAGCUCCAGGAGAAACCUCCACUGUGCCAACCCAGGCUCCAACAUCUCCCACAACACCCUCGGAAAUCAAAAUAAGAACCACUGUUGGAACAACAGCUGUUCCCAGCACCCCAGCCAGAGAGGGCACAACCAUCAUCACUACACCAACCAGCACUGCCUCCACUUCACCUGACAUAAAAUCUAGAACCACUACUAGCCCCUCAUCUGUGUUCACUACCACUCGUCCGCAGUCUUGGACUACCACUGGUGUUACAGAAACUUUAACAACAUUCUUUUCUCCUACUCAAGAAAAUAUGUUUACAACAGUUUUCUCAAGCACCACUGUCAAUCCAGUAACUUCAACUCGUACAUCACAAUCAAGUCAUGUUACAACAAGCUCUCCUUCAACCUUCAGUUCUUCCACCAGCUCAUCUGUUACAUCCAGCAAAAUAACUCCAUGCUUUUGUCAUGUGUUUGAAACUUUAUUUUCUCCUGGGGAAGUGGUAUACAACAGAACAGAUAGAGCUGGCUGUAAUUUUUAUGCACUUUGCAGCAAGGAAUGUGAGAUUGAGCCCUUCCAGGGACCAUGUCCUCUGACAACCCCUGUUCCUUCAGUCGCCUCCUCAACUACAUCACCAGCUGCCUCACCAACCACAGCAACAACCCUCACAACUUCAGUAGAAAGAAACUGUACUGAUGUCAAUCCUGCAAGAAAGCCUGGAGAGGAGUGGAUAGAUGAAUGCCAGAAGUGUGUCUGUGACUCCCUCACCACUACUGUGCAGUGCCAGCCGCUCCCAUGCCAAACAGCUCAGCAAACAGUUUGUGACCUAGGAUUUGUUUCCAUGGCUGUACUACCACAAAAAGACCCAUGUUGUCCUGAAUUUGAAUGCCAACCAAUACCUGAUGUCUGUGUGAUUAAUGGAACAUUGUACACGGUUGGAAAGUCAGUAGUAAUUGAUUCAUGUAAGAAGUGUACCUGCAGUUCUGAGAAAGAUCCAGAGACUAAUGCAAACAUUAUGCAUUGUGAAACAGUCCAGUGUGAGACAUCUUGCCCACUGGGUUACCAAUACAUGACUGAGGAAGGAGAGUGCUGCGGGAAGUGUAUUGAAGUGGCUUGCAAAGUCAAACUCAGGAACAACACUGUUCAUGUGCUCAACGUUAACGAGAUCCUGCCACUCGAUCAAUGCAGCCAUUACAAAUGUGAAAAAAUUGAAGAUCAGUUUGUUGCAGUCCAAACUAAGAAAGUGUGCCCUGAGUACGACCCUGAAGAGUGCGAUCCUGACGAAGCAGAGAUUACAUCUGAUGGCUGCUGCAAAAUAUGUAAACCUAAAAACUGCAGGCCUUACACCAAUGAAACUGUGAUCCGCCACGGUGACUGUGAGUCUUCUGAACCUGUUGAGCUGUCAUAUUGUGAAGGAACUUGUCCUGGCUCCUCAAUGUACUCUCUUGAAGCAAACCAGAUGGAACACAAAUGUGGUUGCUGCCAGGAACUCAGCACCCAAACAAGACAGGUGACCCUGACUUGCCGAAAUGGAACCAGCAUAAAUUAUAACUAUCUCUACGUGGAAAACUGCCAUUGUGUGAAUGCUUGCUCUUCACAAACCACUGCAGCACGUGACUCCCAAUUCCAACAAUCCGCAAAAUAUGGCUCCCAAUUGCAACAGGCUGUAUCACUUGGUUCCCAAUUGCAACUCAGCUGAGAAUAUGAUCACUGAAAGAAGAAAGCAGACAUCCUAGGAAAGCUGGAAUCACGUCUUCCCCAGAAUAACUUGUGCUCCUUCUUUAACAUUCUUUUUUCAUGUCUUACUUGUAAAAAUAAUAAAAAAAAUCAAUUAAA